AUGGAGGAAGAGGCUAAUUCUUGGAUAAGGAGAACAAAAUUCUCUCACACUGUUUGUCAUAGGUUGGAUGCUUCAAGAUUGGCCUCUCUUCCUCUAACUAUUCAGCCAGAUAGAAUUCCGGGUGCCAAAUCGAGGCCAAGAACAUCUAACGUGAAUAAAAAACCUGAGGUUGUGAUGGCACAGAUUCAGCGAAACCCAACCACAAACAAGAACCGGUCUGUAUCCCCACACCCUGAAACAAAGCUUUCUGAUGCCUUUAAAGAGGCUCGAUCUAGUCAGAAGAGAUUCUCAACUCCACUUCCCCAAAGAAAAGGAGCAGAGAAGGGAAUUGUUGGCAAAUUGUUUCAUAAAGAUUCCUGCAAUAUCAAGGCACCUAAUUCGAAUUCAUCUGGUUCAAAGUCGCCUGCAAAUAUUAGUCCUCUUAGGCACUUUGCAUCAAUGAAAUUUCAUGAGAAGACUAGGAGUCGGAAAGAGUCAGCGUGGACCAAGUAUUUUGAUCAUGGUGGGGGAAGGGUCACCUCUGUAGAAACUGCGGACGAGUUUACGGUUGAUCUUUCUAAGUUGUUUCUUGGGCUAAGAUUUGCUCAUGGAGCACACAGUCAGCUUUACCAUGGGAUUUUCAAGGAACAACCUGUUGCAGUGAAAAUAAUCAGAGUGCCAGAUGAUGACGAAAAUGGAGACCUGGGCGGUCGGUUAGAGAAGCAAUUCACUAGGGAGGCUACCCUUUUGUCUCGUUUCGACCAUGAAAAUGUUAUAAAGUUCAUGGCAGCCUGCAGAAAGCCACCAGUGUUUUGCAUUAUAACAGAAUAUUUAUCAGAGGGUUCUUUGAGAUCGUACUUGCACAAGCUUGAGCAUAAACCUGUUCCGUUGCAAAAGUUAAUCACAUUGGCAUUGGACAUUGCUAGAGGAAUGGAAUAUAUUCACUCACAGGGCGUUAUUCAUAGAGACCUUAAACCAGAAAAUAUACUCAUCAACGAAGAUUUCAGCCUAAAAGUUGCUGAUUUUGGUAUAGCUUGUGGGGAAGCAUAUUGUGAUCUUCUGGCAGAUGAUCCAGGCACUUACCGUUGGAUGGCACCCGAGAUGAUCAGAAAGAAGAAGUAUGGUCGGAAGGUAGAUGUUUAUGGCUUUGGGCUCAUUUUAUGGGAAUUUGUGGCUGGAACCAUUCCAUACGAAGAUAUGACUCCCAUACAAGCUGCUUUUGCUGUAGUUAACAAGAAUUUGAGACCUGCUAUCCCUGAUGAUUGUCCCCUUUCGAUGAGAGCCUUGAUUGACCAAUGUUGGUCAGUGCAACCAGACAAGAGGCCAGAGUUUUGGCAGAUUGUGAAGGUACUAGAGCAGUUCGAGUCUUCCCUUGCUCGUGAUGGAACCCUGAAUCUAAUACAAAAUCCAGUGUGUCAAGAUCACAAGAAGGGACUGCGCCAUUGGAUUAAAAAACUUGGUCCCUUGCAUCAUAAUACUUCAUCCAUUCCUAAACCUAAAUUUUCUUGA